AGCGGCUCAAGCGGCUGCAGGACCCGUUCGGUGUCCCGAGGCGCUGACCCCCGGGCGCGGAGCGCGGGGCGCCGGCUUCGGCUUCCGUUGGCUGCUCGCGGCUUCCCCUCGGGGCCGCGAGCGUGGCUUGGGGAGGCCAUGUCGAUGACCGCCAGCAAGGCGGCGGAGCUGAUGCGCCGCGCUGGCGCAGAUCUCCCCGCCAAAGGUGCCACUAGCACUGCAAUUGUCCCUGCAGGCGGCCACACCGCGAGGACGAGGAGUGGGAAGAAGGUGACGGAGAGUGGGAAUACGAAGAGGGCGCCACCUACGAUGAUGUGGAGCUGGUGGACGAGUCGGGGAACUACCUGCAGCAGAUCCGGCCGCAGAUGGGCGGCCGGAACCGCAUGUCCAACGUGGGCAUUCACACCAUCGAGAUCUACUAUCCACAGUUCUACUUUAAGCAGACGGAGAUGGAAGAGUACGAUGCCAGGCCCGACAGAUACGGCCCUUCCGUGAUCGGCAAGUACACCAAAGGAGCAUCGGCAUGAUCGAGGCCCGCUACCCCACCGAUGACGAGGACCCGGUGAGCUUUGCCAUGACGGUGACCCAUCGGCUUAUGGAUCGCAUGGAGAAGGAAGGCUUCAACGAGACCUGGCGGUACAUGCCCGAUGGGAACCGGCUGCCCGUCUGGAACUCCGUGGGCCGUUUGGACAUCGGCUCCGAGAGCCUCAUCGACCGCUCCAAGUCGAUGAAGGCUUACGUCAUGGACCUCUUUGAGCGGUACGGCUCUGGUGAGGGCAACAUCGAGGGAGUAGACAUGUACAACGCCUGCUACGGCGGGCAGGCGGCUGGCCUCUGCGCCCAAAACUGGGUGGAGUCUGAUCGCUGGGACGGGCGCUAUGCCGUCGCCAUCGCGACGGACAUCUCGGACGCUCCCCACGAGGUGAUCUUCGCCGUUGGCGCCGCCUGCACCGCAGCGCUCUACUAUCCCGACGCGCCUUUGCCCCACCAUUCCCACCGCGCCUCUUGCAUCCUGCACCGGUUCGACUUCUUUAAGCCGGUGGGCUGGUUCCACAUGGGCCCCGUGGUGGACGGAAAGUACAGCAUUGAUGCCUACAUGAACUGUGUGGAUGCCUGCUACCAGACCCUGAAGCACAAGAUGAAUGGCAGGCCUUUGCUGAGCAUCACGGAUUACAACGUUUUCCACACAGGUGGCGGCUACCACGUGGUGAAGAAAGCGUUCGAGCGGUGCAUUCGAGCGGAGGAUCCCAAGACGAAGGCGGACAUCCGUGAGAAGUAUGUGCAGGAGAAGCUGCUCCCGUCGGUGAACUUGCUGAAGAUCAUCGGGCCGUGCCACACGGUGUCGUCCUUCCUGAACAUCAGCUCAGUAGUGAUGACCAAGUGGGAAGAGGCCUUGGGGAAGAUCCUGCUGGUCUUCACCUAUGGCUCUGGCUGCGCAAGCUCCAUGUACCAGUUGCGCUUCGAUGACAUCGCCUGGUUUGACCCGCUGGCGGUGUGGAAGGUGAAGUGGUUCUACCGAAGUGCCAUCCACGUGAGCCCUGAGCUGAAGAUGCACCAGGUCUACAUUGACACCUGGAUGAAGUUUGACUACAGGCCCUAUGGCCGCAUCUCCUUCGGCUUCGGCUACGACAGCUACGAGCUGGACGCCUACUACCUGCUUGAGAUCGACCCCUGGGGCCGGCGCUUCUACCACCGGGGCGGCAUGCGCACUGGUGCCAUGAAUCGGAAGAUCAUGAACGCCACCGCGCUCAACUACGACAAGGUCGAGGGCCGGCACACCCGCGAGCACUUUGGGCACAUGCCGCCCAACGGCGAAGCCUGGGAGAAGCAGGAGAACAAGGAGGAGAAGGCGGCUCGAUCGCUGGAGGACAAGUGGAGGGAGAUCGAGCAAGAGAUGACCUUCGAGCCGGAGGUGGAUAUGUCCGGCCAGCCGGCGGUUGUUGCGGAGCAGAAGGCCCACGGCCGCACCGUGGUGGUUCGAGAGGUUGGGGCUCCGGACGAAGAUGAUGACGAAGAAGGAGAGACCAGCUACCAGAUCGUCGGCACUUGGACGGCCAUGCGGGAGCCGCAGGAGAUGACCAAGACGAGCACCGGCACGUUCACCUACGAGGUCUCCUUGGGGCCCAACGGCUGGGAGCAGUUCUACCUGCUGCGCAGCAACAGCUGGUCCAAGAAGAUUUACCCCGCGGUGCACAAGUCCACCAAGGACAUGCCCUGCGUGGGCCCUCACAAAGGCCGGGAGCGCCAGAUGUGCUGGCAGCUCACCGGCCGGCCCAGCUGGGAUCUGCCCGGGGAGGAUGAGGGGCCCAGCGGCAGCAGGUACCUCAUUUCCUUCACCCCUGGCCAGGUGAAGCGCCUCACCUGGGAGAAGUUGGAGGAAGAGGUCCCCGGCUCCGUGAGCGACUCCGGGACGUAUCAGAUCCUGGGCUCCUGGGCCUGCUUCGACCCCCAGGAGAUGACGCCAGACCCUGCCAGGCCCGGCGUCCACACUGCGGAGGUGCAGUGCACAAGGUUGGGCUUGAUGUUCCACUUCCUCCGGAAUCUGGACUACUGCCAGAACAUUGCGCCGCAGGUUGAGAACAAGGACUUCGGCAACCUUUAUAGCGGGGUUGCACCCAUUGGCCAGCAAAACGCUGGAAGGCUCUGGAAGAUCGAGUCGGAGGAAGGAGAGGUGUACCGGGUGGAACUGCACAGAGACCCCGGCGACCUGUCUGACAUCCGGGUGACCUGGGAGAAGGUCGGGUCGCGACCCAGUCAGGCAGUGGAGGACCGAUACUUCCUGGUGGGCUCCUUCAAUCGCUGGGGCUACGCCUUCGAGCCGCUGGAGCUCCGCUCCACCGGCAGCAAGUUCCAGGCCCAGGUGACGGUGCAGUCUUUGCCUCUGAAGUUCCAGAUCAUUCAGAAUAUGAUGGAGGAGACCAGCGGCUGUACCCCGAUGAGAAGGACUGCAGCAGCGAGGACCACAACGUGUGUGGCCCGGAGCUGCAAAGCCGGCAGUGGUGCUGGUGCAUUGGAAGCUCCUUUGCCUCCCUGAACGACACUGUGACGGUGUACCUUGAGCUGGAACCUACGAAGAAGGUGACUUGGAGCAAGGACUGAGCCAUCGAGCUCGAGCCUUCGCUCAAGCCGACUCGCUUCCUAGCUCGCGCGGGCUCGGGCCGGCGGAUUCGCAGAGAUGACUUCAGACAGUCAGCGCUGGCGGUUAGUAGG